CUCUAAAUUCCUCUGCGAGGAAGUGACAAAAAACAACUUCCGGUUGGUGCUGUUGGUGUAAAAAUGGCGGACACGUGUGGUCAAGUCAUAUUGGGAUCGGGGCUUACUGUCCUUUCACAUCCUUUGAUGUACAUUAAAGUAUUGGUGCAGGUAGGACAUGAGCCCCUCCCUCCUACCCUGGGGAAGAACCUAUUUGGCAGACAAGUCUACCAGCUCCCUGGACUGUUUGCUUAUGCCAAACACAUCAUCAAGAUAGACGGAAAAGUUGGUCUCUUCAAAGGGCUUGGUCCAAGGCUCUGUGCUGGCACCAUCGGUACUGUUGUGCACAGCAAAAUCCUGCAGAAAUGUCAUGAACAUGGCACACUUGAGAAGAUUGAAGAUGGCUCGGUACACCACGUCGUGAAUGAGACAACCAAAGAGAUGAUAGCGCGUUCCUGUGCCACCAUAGUUACACAUCCCUUCCACGUCAUUACAUUGAGAUGUAUGGUGCAGUUCAUUGGAAGAGAGACUAAAUACAGCGGCGUCUUAGAUUCCAUCGUCACCAUCUAUCGAGAAGAGGGACUUCUGGGCUUCUUCACCGGGUUGAUUCCUCGUCUCCUUGGAGAUGUCUUAGCUCUGUGGAUUUGUAACAUGCUGGCUCACUUCAUCAAUACGUACGCAAUCGAUGAUUCGAUGAGUCACACAGGAGAAAUGAAGAACUGCUCUCAGGCUGUCACGGGCUUCUUUGCCAGCAUGCUCACAUACCCUUUUGUAUUGGUAUCCAACCUCAUGGCUGUCAAUAACUGCGGGCUGGCCGGAGGGCUUCCGCCUUAUGCAUCAGUAUAUCCUACCUGGCUGCACUGCUGGAGUCAUCUAAGCAGCGAGGGCAACAUGAGCAGAGGAAACAGUUUAUUCUUCCGGAAGCUUCCAGCAGGAAAGACAUAUGCCAUUCAUCAAAAAAGAUUUUAUUAAAAAGCAUCAAACCAUCGACUGAGAAGAAAAGCAACCGCAUCUCAUCUGGGGGGAAUACUAGUCUGAUUCUUCGUGUGUGUGCACUUGUUUCCUGUUUUAUGUGAAUUGCAAAAUACAAACUUUGUGUUUCAA